AUGCCAAACACCGGUCUCCUCUACGUGACAAUGCAGCCUAAGGGCGCAUUGCCCGACACCCAAUUCCAUGACUGGUAUAACACAGAGCAUGGACCUUUGCGCCUCCGACUGCCCUUCAUUACCAAUGGAUUCCGAUUCCGGGCGACAGACGGUGAGCAGCCCGAGUACGUGGCGCUAUACGACAUUACCGACAUGGACGAGUUAACUCGCAAGACCUAUCUGGAUCUGCGAACAGACUUGAUCAAAACGGAGCGUGAGAAAAACACCAUGGCUCAGAUUGACGUUGGUCGUAAGCUAUAUGAUUUGGUGGAUGAGCGGAGCCAGACCAACUACCGCCCGCUGGAGGACCAAGCCGAUACCGAUCCCGAGACUCGUGGCAGUGUCAUGAUUGCUGUCACUACUGUCACCCACCCUGACCCAGAGAAGGAGGCUGAGCACGACCGCUGGUAUCGCGAAGAACACUUCGAUAUGCUUGCCCGCGUGCCGGGAUGGCGUCGCAGCCGUCUGUUCCGCACUGCCGCCAUUGACUCCGCUGCACCCCGCGAGACCCUCGCCCUGCACGAGUAUUCGCCUGUCAACGGAUUAGGUGGUGAGCUCCACAAGGCUUCUAUGAACACCCAGUGGCGUCAGCGUCUCCAAGAUGAAGUUGUUACUUCGAAGUCGCGUCGCGUUUACCAAUGGUACUACACCUUCGGACCUGCACCUCGUGAGCUGUCGUCUCUCGCCAACUCGGAUGUCAUCGGGCCUUGGUCUUCGAAUGACGGUCGCACUCGCACUUUCCCCUCAUCUACCCGCCCAGCAGUGGAAUCCUAUAUCACCACCAAGGACGGCGUUGAGAUUCCCUACCGGUUGGAAGGCAGCACUGACCCCGAUGCCCCGGUUGUUGUGCUCAGCAACUCAAUCCUGGUAGACUGGAACAUCUGGGACCGAUUCGUGGAUGCUUUCUUCGCCCACAAAGAGAACCAGAAGUACCGUGUUGUACGAUACCUCACUCGCGGCCGUCGCUCUGCAAGCGGUGAGCAGCCCGUCAACAUUGACGUUCUGGCCUCCGACCUCGACACACUCCUCCAGGCCCUGCGUGUGCCUCCCAAGGCUGCCCGUUUGAUCGGUGUCAGCUUGGGUGGUGUCACUGUUCUCAACACAUCUCUUCUGUUCCCCGAGCGCAUCGCAGCCUUCAUCGCCUGUGACACCAACUCUAACGCGCCCGAGUCCAACCGCAAAGCCUGGGGUGACCGCGUUGCCAUGGCCGAGCAGGAGGGAUCGACCGACCCCGAAACAAAGGAGCCAAUCGUCGGUGAGCAGUUGGCCGAGAUUACCACUCGUCGCUGGUUUGUUCCAGAGUCCUACGAUACUCAGCCCGAGGUCCUGGCGCCAGUCAAGGAAGCUGUGCGCACCAACAGUCUGAAGGGUUUUGCACACAGUGUGCAGGCCUUGUGUGCCUACGAUAUCCGCGACCGCAUGGCUAAAGCCACUGUCCCUGGUCUAUUCGUGGCAGGUGCUAAUGACGGUGUUCUGCCACAGACCAUGCAGAAGAUGGCGGCUGAUUUGCGCGGCGGCGCGGAGCUUAAGGUCAUCGACCGUGCAGGCCAUUUGCCCAUGGUUGAGCAGCCUGAGGCUUUUGCGGGUGUUGUGACUGAAUACCUGAGCAAGAUUGAUGGUUAA